UCACGAGCGUACGGAUGACGAUGGCGGCGGGCUGGUUGGGAGCUACUAGCUCAGUUAUUUUUCGCUUUUUGUUAAGGCAACGCGACUGCAACGACGGCAACGGAAAGCCACGCGGCUCUGCGUCCCCAUUCUCUGUCUCUGUCUAUCCGUGUAGUUAGUUAGUUAGUUAUCCACACAUAUAUUCCCCCCUAACUGUCGCUCGCUCGCUCCGUCUCUCUCCCUCACUCACUAACGGACAACAGACGAUUUAAUUGUUGUUAUGCGUUCUUGUUCUUGUUACGUUUUUCGCAAGUGAAAUAUUUAUUUAUUUAGUUCCCCCGUCAGAUACUUUGUGCAGUUGUUGUUUCUUUUAUCCAACAAAUAAAACGCAAAGUAAAAGACAUUGUGUGCGUGUGUACGUGUCUGUGUGUGUGUUUGUGUGUUUCUCUUAUCGCCGUCAAACGUCACCAGAGUGUUGGUUGUUAAAUUGCGACAUCCAACAACAACAACACAUUCAACAGCCGUCAACGUUUUCGAAACUUUCAAUUCGCCGUACGAAGUUCAAAGCGAAUUGUGGGCGACGGCGACGCGGGGCCUCAUUGCCAGUUAAUCUAGAAAAUUCUGCUGUUAACAAAAUUUAAACAUUAACACAAAACAAAAGACAGCAACAACAACAACAACAAUUUGACAGCUGGAACUGUGAACUGCAAGCAGAGAGCAAAAGAGAGUAAGACAGUGCCACUGUGUAUGUGUGUGUGUGAGCACAGAGAGAGCGCCAGCUGCGUGUACGUAUAAACGGAAGAGAGAAAGAAAGAAAAUAAAUAAAGAAACGCCCGCACAUGUAAAGAGUUGACCAAGUGCAACACGAAACGAAAAUUAGUGCAAAGUGUAAAAAGUCAACCAGCAACAACAACAACAAUGAAAGUUAAAGUUGAACGCACAAAAGCAAACACAAAAACAACGGCUGCAAAGAAAGAGCGUGAGCGAGAAGUAGAAGAUGAAGAGGUGACAACGACGCAAGAACUGGACUUUUUGCCCGACAUGUCAACAACAACGAUAUCGACAACAACAACAACAUCAACGGCGACAACGGCGCGCAAUCUUAUCCUCGUUACGUUUGAUGGGAUACAGAGUGCACCGACGCUGACAACGCCAACGCUGACGCCGACGACACUGCGAACGAUUGAGGAGACCAUCUUUGAGCUGACAACGGAGACGCAGAAUGUGCCGUUUCAGGCCGGUUUCAAACCGCCGCCGCUGACAUCAUUGUGCAACGUUACUGUCGUCAACAACAACAACAAUAACAACAACAAUAAUAACAAUAACAGCAGCAACAACAACAAUAACAACAGCAACACAGUCACAACAACAGCAGCGGCUGCCGGCAACCUCACAUUGGCAAGCCCAAUGAGCACGAUGAGCACACUGAACACAAAUCCACAAUUGGAUUUGCUUGGCUUCAACUGUGGCAGUGUGCCCGAAAGCGAUUCCGAGCAAUCGAACGUUUCCUGGAACGUAGGUGGGCCGCACGAUGACCAAAGCACAACCGAUACUUCAAGUGCCGCCACGGACAGCACCUCGUAUCAGAAUGGUGGCCAUAUGUUUGGCAACAAUGGAUCCAAUGGCUCCGGUGUCAAUAAUUUUACAGGAUCACUCGCCGGCGUUGGCAGUGCUGGACGCGGCACUUCAUCUACCUCAAACAAUGCCACGCCAGCCCGACGCGGCGGCGGUCGGCGACCGAACAAGUCGGCCAACAUGUCGCCCGAGGAGGAGGAGAAGCGUCGCGUUCGCCGCGAACGGAACAAGUUGGCAGCGGCACGCUGUCGCAAGCGGCGCGUCGAUCAGACCAAUGAGCUGUCGGAGGAGGUCGAUGGCCUUCUGAAGAAGAACGAGGAUCUGAAGAAGGAGAUUGAAAUAUUGACUAACACCAGGCAUCAGCUGAAUUUUGUGCUCGAGGCACACCGUCCCACAUGCCAGAAGGUGCGCGAUGAUCUGCUCAGUGUGACCACCUGCAAUGGUUUGAUUGCGCCCACAGCGAUGCUCAGCUCUGGCAGCAAUGGCAGCCAUCAUCACAACAGCAAUAGCAACAACAGCAACAACAACAACAGCAACAACAAUAACAAUAGCAAUAGCAAUGACAGCAGCUGUGGCACCAUCACCGGCUUCGAUGCAUCGCUCAAUUCCACCGGUCGCAGCAAUUCACCGCUCGAUCUCAAGCCGGUCCUCAUCGAUGAUCAGCUGUUGGUCAAUAUCAAGCAUGAGCCGCACGAUGCUGGACUCGAUUCGAGCUCAUCGCUGGAUCAGGAUGGCCCGCCGGCGGCCAAACGUUUUGCGCUGCCCGACAUUGCCACACUGAAGCCGCAUAGCGCAUCCCUGACAACACCCACUGGUCCCGUUGCGUCCCUCAACACGCCCAUGUCGGGCAUGGCACCGACCGCCUUUGGCAUCCACGCCAAGCCAAUGCCCAAGACGCGUCCAAAUACACUCAACGUGAAUCAGUCCCUGGCGCAGCCGGGCAACAUCGCCAUCGGCAAAACACCGAUGCAGAUCGAGGGUGUGCCCAUCCAGACACCAUCCGCCGGCAACUUUAACUUCGAUUCACUGAUGGCCGGCGGCACCGGUCUGACGCCCGUCUCGGGUCCAUUGGUGCCCACGUGCUCAUCGCAAAACAAGCAUCCGCUGGAGCUGCCAACGCCCACAAGUGAGCCGUCCAAGCUGGUCAGCUUAUAACCAGUGGUGUAGGAUACGUGGUGGUGGUUGCAUGACGCCAACUACAGUUAUAUAAAAUAUAUACAUAUAUAUAUAUUUAUAUAUAUUAAUAAUUAUAAUUAAGAUUUGUAAAGGAUGUUUUCCCCUUUUGUUUCUUAUUGGAAAACAAACGAAAACGAACUUGACUGCCACGCCCACAUCAAUGUUGAAUGGCGUUAGCCGAGUUCAAAAAAGUUAAUCUACUUAUUUUAAUAUAUUAUUUUUAUUGUUUUUCCGUUUAAACUGUAACUGUAACUGUAACUGUAACUGCUUUUGUAUUAUUAUCUUUAUUAUGCUUAAUUUAUGAGUUGCUGUCAAUUGUCCCUAUCUAAAUAUUAUAAAAUACAUCUAUAUAUAUAUAUACAUACAUAUACAUAUAUUUCUACAACGAUUUAUAUAUGUAUACUAUAUAUUUACUUGGAUUUUUUGUGCAAUUAUCAAUCAACCAUUUUCGUUUGCGUGUGUUUUUUGAAAACAUAUACAUAGCAAAUAUUUAUAUAAACUAAAUGCCUAAACAUUUUGCAACAAAAGAAAAAACAAAACAAAACAAAAAAGAUGGAAAGUAAUGUAAAUGAAUAAGAGAUGAGAAUGAGAAGGAUGUGAAUGGAAUGUUGUAUAUGAAGGAUGAGUUGUGAUAUUUAUUAUUAACAAGUUGAAUAAAAUACAAACAAAAAACAAAAACAAAAAACAAAACCUAAUUACAAAUGGAACAUUAACAGAGCGUGUAACGAAAGGAACUAAGCCGGUUUUAAAAUUGUACAUUUAAACAUAAAGUAAAACAAAAUGCGAGAUACAAAUUAAACAAAACAAAAAACAAAAAAAAGUUGCCUUGAUAAAAUGAGAUAGGGAAAAUCAAAUGAUAAACGAUAAAUGAUAAAUGAUAAAUGAUAAAUCAAAUAUAAAACGAGAGAAAGAGAAUUUGAAAUACUAACUUAUACUACUUAAUAUUUAAGGCGCAGUAGAAAAACCCAAAUAUAUUUUUACUAAAGGCAAGAUGCGCUCUAUUUUCACAUACGAUUUAUAAGAAAUGACAAAAA